AUGUCUACAAUCCUCAUACCCCUCUACAUCUACCCCUCCUUCUCGUCCUCGCACGAGUCCUCCGGCUGGGCCCCGCUCUUCCGCGCCCUCACCACGGCCCUCACCAAGAACCCGUCAUUGGAGUUUCUGGUGGUUAUCAACCCCGGCAACGGACCGGGACCCGACUACCCCAUCCCCAACGCCGAUUACCGCGCGGCUCUAUCCAAGCUUUCCGACACCACACAAUAUCCCAAUGUAAAGGUCAUUGGCAAUCACCCGCCGGUGAACACGGGUUUAUGGCAACAUUGCACCAUUACCUCCGAGUCUCCGAUCCAGCAGCCCGGCAAGGACAUCUCUUACGACGCCCGCCGAGCCGCCGAUCACGGUUACCAGUGGCUCUUAAAAAAUCGCCGGCGCUUGGACACCUGGACACCACCUUAUCCGCACCUUCAGGUUGUCCGCACCGUGUCCCCGGCCGGCCGGAGUCCGGGACACGCACUUGAGCCUGGAACUUGUUUGACUCAGUGGAGCAUCUCCGCCGACAACAACCCGCUGCCGAUCCGCUCGCCGAGAACAAACAAUUCUCCGGUCCUAGGUUACUACGCCGAGGGUCGGAUGAACGCCCGAACCGUGCGACUGGAGCACACUGGUGUUUCUCCCGGGGUUCGGGCCUUGUGUGGAGGAGUCCUCAUGCUCACGGGCCUCAAGGUUGGCGGUCAAUGUCUGAGCGAAAAAGCAACCGAGAUUUCGGAUUUCCCAAACUUGCUUUUUCGUCUGUUUUUUUUGGCGAGUCCGCUCCGCUCCAACCCGGCUCCGCUCCAACCCGGCUCGGUUCCAACACGGCUCGGUCCCAGCCCGGGCUCGGCCCCACGGGGAUCUUGGCGGGGAGGAUCUCAAUUUACCCUUGCGAUCCGCUUGGACGGCAUCUUUGUCGACGAAGUCCCAAUAGACGCCCAGUAUCUCGACUACCUCCAGCGCAUCACGGACAGUGUACGGUCCGGCUUUGCUGAGGCUGCAUAUCGCCGGAGCCAUUGUGAUAGUAUUAAUAGCAGCGAAAACACUUCCUUGUCAGCACCAUCGUCAUCGGCAACAUCCUCGACGACGGGACUGGGCAUCGUGAUCCACAAUCCAGGCAUCUUCCCCUCGGCCGACUCCUCUGACGCCUUCUUCUCCCCUCGCCUGGUGAAUUACGUGGUGGUGUUCGAGAACUGCCUCGCCGCCUGGUGGGACUCGGGUGACUAUGUCAACGCUAACCUCGCUCUGUUGACGCCCGAGAAGCGGGCCAAAGCGAUAGCUGUUGCCCACACCUGCGGCUGUGGUCCAAAAAGCCAAGCGGGUGGUAGCAGUGGCGGCCGCCCCCAGCAGCCAGAUCUAGAAGGCCACCAUGCCGCCGAAGCAGAGAAGACCGAAGGCAGUGAAAAAGAGGCCAUCAAAAAGAACGUGCAGAACUUCUUGGACGAGGUGGUCACACAGCAUAAACUUGCCGGACACUUUGCCACGUCUGCUACUGACUAUGCGACGUGGUGCUCGGGUUGGGAAGGUUAUGUGGAGGUGGCGUGUGACUUGGGCGGCAGCAACAUGUUGACGGGCGAGGCCAGUGAGGAAGGGCUUCAUGGCUGAAUCAGGGUUACUUUUUGAAUGUGCCUCCCGCAAGUAGAUAGACGAGAUAGACCAGUGGAGGUAUAACCGGAAUAGACAGGUAUAGACUCUCCUAAAGAGGCACCAUCUGGAUGCCCUUGGAGCG